AUGGUUCUUGAAGAAGAUAAUUCCAAGAGCAAGAGGCGAAAUAAGUGGAUACUUUGGAAGCGCUAUUCGAAAGCGAUCUAUUUGUUUGGAAUUUGCGUGUGUUGCUGCUCUCUUCUCUAUUGGCUCUAUAUCUAUUUAUGCAAUUACUCCCUAUCCUCCCAGUUGCAAGCGUUCUCCUUGAAUCGGGAGACAACCUCGUUCAAACUCAUGAUUGUCGCUGAUUUGGACAAGGAAAGCCGUGUCAAGGACGACAAAAAGGGGCGCUGGCGAAGCAUAUUGAAAAAGGGCGAACUCCGCAAGCAGAAGGACGGAACCUUCACGAUUCAUUGGCUCGAAGACCAAGAAAUUUUCACCCAGCUGAGUGAGGCGGGUCGUGGAAUGGAGCUAAGCGCACUCGUGGAGUACCACAACCGCUUGUAUUCCUUUGAUGAUCGAACGGGUUUGGUGUUCGAACUAGUGAAAGGCAACAAGGCGAUUCCGCGCUAUAUUUUAAUGGAGGGCGACGGAAACACCACCAAGGGCCAGAAAACCGAGUGGGCGACGGUGAAGGACGAUGCGAUCCUCGCCGGGAGUUUCGGAAAAGAAUACACGAACGCGGACGGAAGCAUUGCGAACACAAACAAUAUGUGGGUGUCGGUUAUUCACAACACGGGGGAAAUCACACACGAAAAUUGGACGGAUCGGUUUAAUAAGCUGCGGAAAGCAGCCGGAUGCCCUUAUCCAGGGUACAUGAUUCAUGAGGCGAUCAUGUGGUCCGAUAUUCGCAGACAGUGGGUGAUUUUGCCUCGGAGAGUGAGUAAAGAGCCGUACGAUGAGAAGGAAGACGAAAAGCGAGGGUCGAAUGUGGUGAUGUUGGCUUCGGAGGAUUUUAGCUCCAUCGAAGUGCGCCACAUCACGCAGAUAACGCCGACGAGAGGUUUCUCGGAGUUUAAAUUUUUGCCCCAGUCGAAUGAUGAGAUCAUUGUAGCAUUGAAGAGUGAAGAGAAUGAAGAGCAGCAAACACAGAACUCCUAUAUCACUGUUUUUGAUUUAGAUGGUCAUAUACUACUUAGUGAGUCUGUGAUUCCUGGAAAUCACAAAUUCGAAGGUUUAGAGUUUUAUCAUUUUUGCUGUGUUUGUUGA